GCGCCGCACAUGACAAAUGUCACUGCGAAACCGCUCAGCAAGUCUCAGCCCUCGCUGAAAACCGUGAAAAACAGACAAAAGUGCAACCCCAACAACUGUAUGGUGAUAGUAGUGUGUUCAUUGUGCCUCUAGGAUUCGUUCAGUGGUGAAAUAGAACUGAGAUUCGCGAAGAUCUGUGUAAAAAGUGUGCCGGGCGGCGGGUGGCAUGCUGGCGGUGCGCUGAGUGAUGAGCGCGGCGCGCGCGCCCGCCCCCCGCGACCCCGCGCGCGCCUCUCACCGCACCAGGCACCAGGGUGCCGGCGGGGAGCGGAGCGGGCGCGGGGGGAAGCGGCCCUCGGGCAGCUCCACCUCGUCCCUGGGCCGGGGCGCGCUCUCCGACCCGGACCUGCAGAGCCGACUGCAACCUAACCUCGCUGGAUACUGGGGCUCAGCCGAUUCAAACUACUCGCAGCCGUCUUCGGAGCUGUCUCUCGACGAAGACAAGGAGGCGCUGCGCCGCGAGAAGGAAGCGCAAGCCCUGUCGCAGCUGGACAAGGCCAGGUCGAAGCCGGUGGCGUUCGCGGUGCGCACGAACGUGUCGUACGAUGGCGCACUCGACGACGACUCGCCCGUGCACGGCAGCGCCAUCUCGUUCGACGUACGGGACUUCCUGCACAUCAAGGAGAAGUACGACAACAACUGGUGGAUCGGGCGGCUCGUGAAGGAGGGCUGCGAUGUCGGCUUCAUCCCGUCCCCGGUGAAGCUGGAGACGGUCCGGGCCGGCCUGACCGCCCGCGGCCGCUACCCGCGCCCCGCCAGCCAGGCCAACCUGGCCGCCGCGCCCGCCGACCACAGCCGAGGUAGCACCCCACCCACGCCUGGCGAAGACUCAGACUCAGCUGGCCGCGGCCGGGGGGCGGGCGCGCUACCAGCUGGCAAGGAGAAGAGAAAACCCUUCUUCAAGAAGCAGGAGGCUUGCACGCCGUACGACGUGGUGCCGUCGAUGAGGCCCGUGGUGCUGGUGGGACCGUCGCUGAAGGGUUACGAGGUCACGGAUAUGAUGCAGAAAGCACUGUUCGACUUUCUGAAACGACGGUUUGAGGGCAGAAUAAUCAUCACGAGAGUCUCGGUGGAUAUUUCGCUGGCGAAGCGGUCGUUGUUGAAUAACCCGCCGAAGAAACCAAUAAUGGAGAAGUCGAAUUCUAGGACCAAUUGCCUACAGGAAGUGCAGGCGGAGAUCGAGCGAAUAUUCGAGUUGGCGCGGACGCUCCAACUAGUGGUCCUUGACUGCGACACCAUCAACCACCCGUCGCAGCUCGCCAAGACCUCGCUGGCGCCCACCAUCGUGUACUUGAAGAUAUCCAGCCCGAAAGUGCUUCAGCGGCUAAUAAAGUCCCGCGGCAAGGGCCAGAGCAAGAACCUCUCAGUGCAGCUAGUAGCGGCGGAGAAGCUGGCGCAGUGCCCGCCGGACAUGUUCGACGUCAUCCUCGACGAGAACCAGCUGGAGGACGCGUGCGAACACAUCGCCGAGUAUCUCGAGGCAUACUGGCGCGCGACGCACCCGCCGGCGGCGGUGGGGCGGGCGGCGACCCACGCGCCCCCCGCGCACCCGCACCACCCGCAUCACCCACACCAAGCGCAGCCUGACCUCGACGCCCCCGCCGCCCCCGCGCCCCCGGGCGGCCAUCGCGAGCGAGCCGACUCGUAUAACUACGAGCGGGAGAGAGGAGGGCGCGGGCGCGCGGCGCGGCCGGAGCGGCUGGAGGAGGAGUACUACGCGCGCGGGCGGCGCGACUACGAGCCGGAGUGCGGGCGCGACUACACGCGCGGCGCGUACGGCCGCGACGACUACCGCGACUACGCGCGCGGGGGGUUCCCGCGCGAGGAGCGCCCCCCGCGCCGCGCCGAGCGCGAGCCCCCGGACGACUACGGCCCGUCGCGCCGCGCGCUCAACGCCAUCUAGGCGCCAUGCUGGACACUUCCUGCGUUGCCAGUUUUCGUUGACCCGCGAAGGGUGUUCGUUUCGCUGUGAGCUUCUUGUGAUACGCUUCUGCGCGGCGACCGACGGUCUUGUAUAAAGUGUUUCGGUUCCAUUCAAUAUUUUGUCGCGGAUGAUCGCGAGCGCUAGGUGUAACAUUUGAUAUCGGAGAGAGAAGUAAUAUAGGCUAGCGUACUGUCGGAGGUGGAGCUCGCGUCAAAUGUAUAAAUUUUACAUAAAAAUAAUUUUAGUACCAUUAGAUAUUAUCCAUUUCCCAUUUUUGAACAUACAUACUCUGUAAUUAUAUUGCAUCGUCUGUACCUUCAUUGUUGCAAUCAUUUGUAAAUAAAAUACUUUAUAUCGAG